CUUCUUGUCAGUAUGUACCCACGUCGGCCGUGCCACGAGGAGGUUGCUUUGUUCUCGACACGGGCAAGUCUACUUGCAUGGCUUUUGUCCCCACGCCCCUCGCUGCCGCCUUUUCAGGCAGCGCCAGGCCGAACGUGCGUGCAAGCGGCGGCCUGCGCGAGGUCCAGCUUUUGCUUCAGGCCAUGCACUACGAGCUGGCUGCCGAUGCUGCGCACCUGCAGCCCUCCCUGCGCACCGUCCACUCGGGGCCGGUCAGCGCGCCGGGCGGCGACGCGCACCGCCAGCCUCAGCUGCGCAGGGCCUACACGGGGCCCAUGCCCGUGGAGGCACAGGACCCCUCCGCCCUGGCCAUGUCGCGGCGGCCCUCCGACCAGGGCUACCCGCCGGGGGCCGCCCUCGGGGGCCGCCCGGACGCGCUGGCCAUGACGGCGCCCGUGGGCUCCGGCUCGCUGGCCGGCAGGGCCGCGGGGCUGGCCGAGGCGCGCGCCUCGCUCAGCUCCUCCACCUACGUGCCCAGCGCCAGCUCCUCCGCCCGCGCCGCGCCGAGGGCCGAGGCGGCGCCCAGCGCGUCGACGCCGGCGAAGCCGACGCCCGCCAAGAGGGUGCCCGUCGGCCUGGACUCGCCGCACCGGAGCAGAGACGCCGCCGGCUUCGCCGACACGCCGCAGGGCGCGCAGGGGCCGCGGGUGCGGCCGGUGUCGCCCUCGCCGCGGCCGCAGCAGGCGCUCGCUCCGAGCCUGCCCAGCAGCGCCGGCAGCGGCCACCGCAUGGACCCGUCGCCGGAGCCGCCGCGGUCGAGGCUGGGCUCGAAGGGUGCGGCCGACGCGCUGGCGCAGAUGCAGCUGCAGCAGCACCAGUACGCGGCGGCGCAGGGCGCCCACCGGGCCCCCGCGGCCGCAGAGGCGCACGCAGCCGGCAGGCAGCCCGCGCACGCGGCGCCCGACGUGGUGGACGACGUCCGCUACUUGAAGAGGAACGUGGACCACCUGAAGCAGAAGAAGCACUUCCUGGAGGAGCAGGUGAGGCAGCUGGACGCGAGGUUGAAGGCCGCGCUCCAAGAGAAGGAGCACUUCAGGGGCCUCUUCGAGCAGGUGCAGAGGGAGCUGCGGGAGUCGAGGUACACCAGCAUGCCAGAGCACACCCCCGGCCAGGAGUUGCAGGAGUUGCAGGCGCAGCUCGAGGCUCGGCUGCACGCAAGACCCGCACUGCGUCAGAGUAGCCCUUGGUGCACGGCUUUCGGAGGACCAAGCCAGCGGUUGCCAGCAUGGGCUCCGCGACGAGGUUUCGCGGUUUGAGGCUCUCGGACGCUUUCAUCGGCUCUCCACGGCUUUCCAGCCUCGAGGUGUGUUCCAGCCAGUGCGCCUCGCCGAGAGCAGUCUGGAGGGGCCCGGGUCGUCCCGAGCGGCCGCCAGAGAUCCGAAAUAUUACCCCUCCUCCUCCUCCUCCUCGUCCUCCUCCUCCUCCUCCUCCUCCUCCUCGUCCUCCUCCUUCUCCUCCUCCUCCCUCGGGGCUCGGGGGAGGGUAUACCCAAGCACGCAGGCCGGCCGCAUGCAACGAUCGGCAAACCGCGCACCAAAAAGGUCAGGCUUGCCUGGGGUCACUCUGUGUCGUGCAGCUGGGAGGUGGCGACUGAGCUGAAGGGCCAGUUCUACAGGGAAGCGGAGGAGCUCCGCAACCAGCUGCGGCAGGCGCAGCAGGUACAGCCAGGCGGGAAGAAGGACGAGUCCACGUGCGUCGUGUGCAUGGACAACCUUGCCAAUGUGGUCUGCCUCCCGUGCAAGCACCUGGUGCUAUGCUCGGAGUGCUCGGAUGACGUGGGCUCGUGCCCGAUUUGCCGGACGUCGGCUGAGGAGAAGUUGCAGAUCUUCACCCCUUGAGGGCACCGGGCAGUUUCUGCGGUCCAUGCUCCGGGGGCUUCUCCCUCCCUCGUCAUCCUCCCCCCUCCUCAUCCUCCUCUUUUUGCCCCGCUGAAGCACGGAGGGAGUGAUCCUUGCACUGAGCUUGUCGCCUCGCGAAGCACGACGACUGUUGAGCCAUGCGGCUCUAGCAUUAACAGCAAGAAUAGUGCUCGAGCACCCAGCUUCCCAAUAGACGCGGGCAGGUGCGAGCGCGCCGCGCGCGAA